AUGGCAGCGGCAUUGGAAAGUGUAAACGGCGACUCUCAAUGGUCGGAAUUCUGCGAACGACACGCCACGGCGUCAGCUCUGGAUUUUUCCAAGUCUUGUACGCAGUUUUUCGCCCUUAAUCUGUCGGAAAACGCUAGGAGUUCGUUGAGUCACAAGGAUUUCCUCAGAAAGUACAUCGAGUGCUUCUCUGAGCAGUUCGAAAUCGAUUUCAAUAAGAGGAAACAGAAUGUUAAGAUGAAUGGCAUGAUCAAAAUUGAGGAGGAGCAUGUUGACAGCGAAGAUGGGUCCCCCAAGAUGCCGUAUAAACCAUUUUUUAGAAGACUGAGUUUCAAAAUGCUGCGCAAAUCGAAGGACCUCUUCCACAAGCAGCACUCGGACGACGGUGACGCGUCCGCCGUCGCGCAGCACAACAAAACCAAGCUGGCCAAGAUCGUGGUGGAGUGCCGCAAGGAGGGCAUCGUCAACUACUCGACGCCGGAGAGCCUCGACCAGCCGGGGGUUCCCCCCAAAUGGGAGCGAUGCCGCCUGCAACUGGUCAAGGCCACCGGCGGCUACAUGCUCGAGUUCUACUCGCCCCCGAAGAAUCAGAAGCCGCGUAGCGGAGUCUUUUGCGCGCUCAUCACCGAGGCGAGAGAGACUACGGCGCUGGAAAUGCCCGAUCACGAGAACACGUUCGUGCUGAAGGCGAGCAACAACAUGGAGUUCGUGAUCGAGGCGCACGACACGGACGACAUGCGAUCUUGGCUCGCUACGAUUAGGUAUUGCAUGAAGGCGGGACACGCCGGACCCGCAGGUGAUACAGCCGCAGGUGCCGAUCACCAUAGCAACGAUUAUCACGCGGACGCCCCCGAUCUCCCCCCGAGGCACGUGCGGGGGGGGAGAUCGCCUCUCGACGAGCAGCAACUUCGAGAUUUGCCCCACCACAGGGGAACCCCUUGCGUCGAUGGAAACCGAUAUAGGGCAGACGUUAAAAAAAGAGUUGUGGUUUCACGGUACCUUGGGUAGGUCCGAGGCCGCGCAGCAGGUUCUGCACGACGGAGCGUCCGGUCACGGUCGUUUCCUCGUCCGGCAGAGCGAGACGAGGACGGGCGAGUUCGUUUUGACUUUCAACUUUCAGGGAAGAGCGAAGCACCUGCGCAUGACGAUAAACGAUCAGGGUCAGUGCCGCGUGCAGCACUUCUGGUUCCAGUCCAUCUACGAGAUGCUCGAGCACUUCCGCUCCCAGCCGAUCCCGCUGGAAAGCGGCGGCAACAGCGACGUCACGCUCACCGACUACAUCCUCAACCCGAACGCGCGACAGCUCAACCAAGGAUCGAUCGGUCGGGGCGCAUCCGUUUCCGCCAGCCUCUCGGCGCAGAGUCUCUCCAACGGGCACGACAGGAGAGUCCCCCCUCUACCGGAAGUGAGACACGUGAGGUAA